AUGGCAGCUACACAGUCUUCUCUCUUGGCAUUCUUCGUCCUCCUCGUCUUCUCUCUCCUCUCUCAGUCUCAUGGUCAUGGCGAAGCUGACAGACCAGAAGCCUUUCAGUUCCUGCGUCAGUCAGAAGGAUGCCACAAGGGAGACAGAGUAAAAGGUCUCAACCAAGUUAAACGCUAUCUCCAGAGAUUCGGCUACCUCGAUCACCAUAACGACGACGACGACGAUUUCGACCAUCACUUGGAGUCGGCCAUCAAGACAUACCAGCUGAACUACAAUCUGAAAGAAACGGGGAGCCUGGACGUGGCGACGGUGAAACAAAUGAUGCUGCCUCGAUGCGGGGUCCCCGACAUCAUAAAAGGCGAGACAUGGAUGCGAUCAGGCAAGGAGAAGAAGGAGAAGCGUCUUCUUGGUGUUAGUGGACGCAAGACCACCCUCGGCUUCUCUUCCCAUUAUACCUUCUUCAACAAUACUCCUACCCCGAAGUGGCCACCUUAUAAGAUGCAUCUCAAAUACGUGCUUGAUUCUACUGUUCCAGUUGACGAUUUAUUAAUGCAUCCACUUUGUUAUGUGGCAUUCGCCAGGUGGGCAGCGGUAAGCAAUUUCACGUUCGAAGAGACUCAAGACCUGUCCAGUGCCGACAUUAGAUUUUCAUUCUUCAAAGGUGAUCACGGCGAUGGUAAUCCGUUUGAUGGACCAGGAGGGGUUCUUGCUCAUGCCUAUGCACCCAUUGAUGGAAGAGUGCAUUUCGAUUCGGAGGAGCGAUGGACAACUGGUAUCCGCGCCGAUUGGAUUGACACGGCAUCCGUGGCGAUGCACGAAAUCGGUCACUUGCUUGGGCUUGGGCACAGCUCUGAGCACGGUGCUGUCAUGUUUCCCUACAUUGAUGUGGGAUCUCAAAAGGUGAAUCUGCACCCAGACGACAUACAAGGAAUACAAUCUCUUUACGGUAUUCAUUGA